CCGCCGCGCACUAUGGUUAAAACGCGAGCCGCUCUCGAACGAGAGAAACAGAAACAUGCCAUGGAUACUCAGAGUGAAGUGCAAUCGCAUAAAUCGUGCCCAAAGAACUCCAAAGAAGAAGUUAUGGAUCACGCAAGCCUGUUCAACGCGAAGGCACUUAGUCUACAAGACCCCGCCUAUAAAGAGGGUAGCAUCAAGACUGAGACAGAACAAGGUCAUCAUCGAUCUAAUACUUCGAACAAAACUUCUACGUCUUCACUGCAAGCAAAAAGAAGACAAUUAGAGUUAGAAGCCGCUGAAGCUAAAGCUAGGAUUGAGAAGGAGUUAAUAGAUAAAAAGCUAGACGCUGCGCUCGCUAAGCUGGACGAAGAAUAUUCUCAGAAGUCCCGUUGCAGCGGAGAACGUCGAUCUAUUUUGUCCGAAACAUCUAAAAAAGUGGAGGAGUGGUUGGAGAAAAGUCGCCAAGACGAUCAAGAAGAACGCGUUAUCGCGACACCUUGGCGGGAACCUACCGCCGGACCGAGCUCACUUCAAAACCUAGCACACGCGAUGGAGAAACUGGCUACUACAACUCAAAGUGCUAAUACUCGCCUAUUAUCCCGAUUAGCCACGUCUAAGGACUUACCGUUAUUUUCUGGUGAAUCACUCGAGUGGAUACAGUUUAAAAAAUCGUAUGAGCAGUCCACGAAGUUAUGUAACUACAGUGAUACUGAAAAUAUCGCAAGAUUAGAAAAAUGUCUCCGUGGUGAAGCUAAAGAAACGGUAUCAUCUUUAUUUACUACUGAUACGUCACCACGCGCCAUCCUAGAAGCGCUAGAGCUACGGUUCGGUAGACCCGACCUAAUUAUAAAUAAAAUCUUAUCGCAAAUCAAGAAAUUGCAACCUUUACCGCAAGCCUAUCACGUCGAGCUGGUGAACUUUGCUGUCAAAGUGAGGAACUACGUGGCAGCCGCCGAAUCUAUUAAUCAGACCGAUCAUCUUCGAAGCCCUGAGUUACUAAACAUCGUUAUAUCUAAGUGUCCAAGUGCGCUUAUCAACAAGUGGGCAGACUAUAUAUACGAACAUGGCGAUACACAUAAGGCUAAAUUGCAGUUAUUUUCUGAGUUCCUGCACAAAGAAGCCACGAAGAUCGCCGCCGCAGGUGUAACUCAUAUUCAUUCUCAAAAUGAACACAAUAAGUUUCCUAAGAAAAUGGACGACUCCUACCUUGGACCUUGA